CCGCGGGUUCCGCGGGGCCCGGAGGGAGGGAGUCGCGUCCCCGCCUGCCGCGCGGCCAGUCGGACCCUCGGUCUUGCCGCGUAAGGAGCCAGCCGAGCAGAUCUCUGCGCUGAGACCCGAGCCGCGGCCGUCCCUCUGCAGGUGCCUGUGAGGAGGCUCCCGGGCCGCAGCCACGUCCAGUGCCCUCUGGCCGCGCACUCUUUCCCCGCGCUCCCGGGGGGCGGCCCGGCUGGAAGAGGCCGCCGCGGGGCCCGGCCUCAGCAUGAACCGCAGCCACCGACACGGGGCGGGCAGCGGCUGCCUGGGCACCAUGGAGGUGAAGAGCAAGUUCGGAGCUGAAUUUCGUCGGUUUUCACUGGAGAGAUCAAAACCGGGAAAAUUUGAGGAGUUCUAUGGAUUACUGCAGCAUGUUCAUAAGAUCCCCAAUGUUGACGUUUUAGUAGGCUACGCAGACAUCCAUGGAGACUUACUCCCUAUAAAUAAUGAUGAUAAUUACCACAAAGCUGUUUCAACGGCGAAUCCACUGCUUAGGAUUUUUAUACAAAAAAAGGAAGAAGCAGACUACAGUGCCUUUGGUACAGACACAUUAACAAAGAGGAGGAAUGUUUUAACCAACGUGUUGCGUCCUGACAACCACAGAAAAAAGCCACAUAUAGUCAUUAGUAUGCCCCAAGACUUCAGACCUGUGUCUUCUAUUAUAGACGUGGACAUUCUCCCAGAAACACACCGCAGGGUGCGUCUUUACAAAUACGGCACCGAGAAGCCCCUUGGAUUCUACAUCCGGGAUGGCUCCAGCGUCAGGGUAACACCGCAUGGCUUAGAGAAGGUCCCGGGGAUCUUUAUAUCCAGACUGGUCCCGGGAGGCCUGGCUCAGAGCACAGGACUGUUAGCUGUUAAUGAUGAAGUUUUAGAAGUUAAUGGCAUAGAAGUUUCAGGGAAGAGCCUGGAUCAAGUAACAGACAUGAUGAUCGCAAACAGCCGCAACCUCAUCAUAACAGUGAGACCAGCAAACCAGAGGAACAAUGUUGUCAGGAACAGUCGGACCUCCGGAAGCUCCGGCCAGUCCACUGACAACAGCCUCCCCAGCUACCCGCAGCAGGUCGAACCGAGCUUUGAGCCAGAGGACGAAGACAGCGACGAAGACGACCUUGUCAUUGAAGACAACGGCGUGCCGCAGCAGAUUCCCAGAGCUGUGCCCGACGCGGAGAGCCUGGAGUCGUUAACGCAGGUAGAACUGAACCUGGAGUCUGGGCAGAACGGUUUUAUCCCUUCUCAUGAUGUGAGCCUAGCACCCGUAGCCAGUGGCACCAACACUGAGUUUGAAUCGCGCGUCCCGGAUCAAAAACUCUUAGAGGAAGAUGGAACAAUCAUAACACUAUGAAACCACUGGACGUCUUCUGAGUGAGGAUGCCGUUGGGACGCGUAGGUUAGGCUCGCGGAAAGCAUGUGUACCUCUGGCCCAGGGACCCGGAACAGGCAUGAGAACAAAGAGCGUUGCAAGCUUCGAAUGUUAUUAAAAUAGUAGGUUGGUAAGUGCUAAUAUAGACUCUGGUGGGUCAGAGGUGAAUUUAAAUCUAUAUUGAAGGGGCCUUUGCUGAUGCAGUUACGUGCUUUCGCUGUUUUGUCUGCAGAGAACUGGAUGUUAGAGCACAUUCCCAGAACUGUGUGAGAGGAUGAGAUCAUUUCUGUUUGAAGUGGUUGCAUAUUUAACCUGCCAUGCAGAGCCCAGUUAAUUUCCCUUUAUAUAUAUAUUUUUAAUUCUAAUGUGAAAAAAGUCUGAUUCUAUCUUUCGGUACCUUGGGGACCUCAGCUCCUAUGUUCCUUGUAUUUUAUUUUGAUUUUUUAAUGUUGUUCCUCUGUUGCGAAUUGUAACGAGUAAUUUUUUUUCAAGUGCUUUUUCCCCCCUAAUUUCUAAGAAAUCAAAUCAAUUGACUGUUUUUAGGAGUUGCUUCCUGUGGUAUAAGGCAUCGAAACUAUGUUCCUGAAUUAAGAAACUCAGCAGUGGCUCAGGCUCAUGCUUGUCCAUCCCGGAGUGUAGUGUUCGCGCACUCAGACCCAUUCCGAUGGGUCCGACUUUAUGUGGGAAACGGCAAGUCCGUCGACUCGGGGCCUGUGGGAGACUCUCCCUUCACCUCAGCCUCUUCUCAUCCUCAUUCCCAAUCCCACUGGAAACCAUUCCUCUUGUUGUUUGUCUGUGUGUGCUGUUGGUGUGCUUUUUGUAUACUCUUUUAAUGUAUACAAGUAGUGCGAAUCAUUUUGAAUAAAAAAUGCACCCAGAUUAAGAGAUUUUUACACACAGGACAAACUUGUGCACUUUUUAUAGGAGCAAUUUGGGUUUCCCUUCAUGGGAUUUCUAAGAACACUGCCUACACUUUAUGAAAAUUAUGUAGUAUUCACCUUUGACAGGUAGAGUUUAUCACUAUUAAUUUUAUGAGGCUAUUUAUUACUUUCCAAUGCAUCCACUUAGAACAAGUUAAGAGUAAGGCUGCUAACUUUCAUUCCUUGCCUGACUUCACUGUACGAUGUGCACAAAUGCUACAGUACGCUUGUAUAUAGAAACUAAGGAGAGCGUGAAGUACAUAAGUUCCUUAUGUACCUAUGGAUAUUACUCUCAGAGUUAUUUAUUGAUUAAUUUUAUGGUAGGGCUAGUAUGGAUACCUUAUAACAAUUGUGUGCUAUUAAGACAAUGAAGAAUCCAAUGACUCCGUUUUGAAGGUUAUUUUCUCUGUAUGGUCAAAAUAUGAAGAUCAUAUUGGUUACAUGAAGAUCACUUGACUCACAAUACUUAAACGUAUUUAGUUCCCAUUACCACUAAACAUGUUGUCACUAAACUAUUAACUGUGCAACAGUGUAAUGCCAUGUACUUUUUAUUGAAAUCACGAAUUUCUUCCACUUCUAUACCACCACUGUGUUUUUAGUGGCAUUCUAGCUUUAACAUCCUAUGAGUUUUAUAAAUUAGACUCUUGAAUGGCAAAACAAUGAUAAUAUAUGUAAGGUUAAAUUUCAUUUUAUAAGCAGUGCCAGGGGUUCAGCAUUUUAAGUAAAAAUACUUUCACACACUACCUCUCUCUCUCUCUCUCUCUCUCUCUUUUUUUUAACAAAGUUUUAACAUCAGAACUUUUCUUGUGGGGGAAAAAUACUUCAGGGCUUGACUUUUUGUACAAAUUUUAACUGUAAAAUACAGAUUAGUCCUGUGUGUGGUAUUCAUGAAAAUGGAAGUCAAAGCUGCUAGUGCAUUUUAUUUUAAUUGUCAGUGGUGUUUUCAACUAGAUCUCACUUAUUGGUAAAAUAAUUGAUUACUAGACGUAUUGUAAAACCAAUAGAUCUUGGUUAUACAAUAAAAUAUCGAUUCAUUGGUAGUCUGAAUCAAUUAUUUCAAGUGUAUCAUCAUCAAAAAUAUCAGUGGACUCAGCACAAAAUUUUCUAGUACUGAAUGUCAAGCUUAACUGUGAAUUUUGUUCUUUAAGUAAACUUAUGAUAAUGUUCUCAUGUGCUAUCAACAAAAUGUAUGUACUUUUUGUGAACUAUGAAUUUUCUAAUUAAAUUUUACAUGCGACAACAUGAUUUUUACAUGGAUGAUACUUUGUUUAAACUAUCAAAUGUCAGUAUUUUACUACAAUUUUAUUAUAAAAUGUACAUUAUCAUUAACUGAACUUUGAUUUUAAAAAUCAAAUUAGCUUU